AUGGCCGCUGCAAAAGAAUAUACCGAUGAGCAACUAAACUAUUUCAAGAUUUGUCACGUCAGAACUGCUAUCCUAACCGAAGGUUUGCGAACAGUUUUCAAACGAGAAUGGGACAGUCGUUUCGGGACAACUCUUGGAGAAUGGAAAGAUGAUCCUAGUAACGGGAAAGACUUUUACAAUGCAGAGUCCCCGCGAAACCAAAGGAGGAACAAGCAUAUAUUGUCGACCAUGAUUAAAGGAAAUAGAGCGGAAUGGGAUUCUACCACGUUGUUUUACGCCAUUCUCUUCUCAGAUUGCAUCUACAGUCUGAACAGGGUGGUGAGAACGAAUGUCAACAAUCUCAGAAAAUUUCGCAAUGAAGAAUUUGCUCAUAUGCCACAAGGUCAACUUUCGGAGUUAGACUUUAAAAUUGCUAUUGGCAAAGUUUCUGCGGCAUUCCAAGCACUAGGUCUUUCCACUGUAGAAAUUCAACAGAUCACAAACCGAAAGACGUUUCCUACAGAAGAGUUAAGAGAUGUCUUAGACAAAGUGAAACACUUAAAGAAAGACUUAAUAGAAAAAGAAAACGAGGACCUUGCAGAUCAGCUGAAGAAGAUAGAGAGUCAACGCGAGGAUCUGGUAGAUCUGCUGAAGGAAACUGGAAAACAACGAAUUUGUCUUGAAGAUCAGCCUAAGGAAACUGAAAAGCAACUACAGGUUCUUAAAAAUGAGAUGAAAGAAACAGUAGAAAAACGAAUGGGCCUUGAGAAUCUCUUACAGAAAAAAGAAAAUGAGCUACAGGAAAGAGAAGAAAAAUGCAGGACCCGUACAGACCAGCUUAAGACAACAGAAGAACGACAAAGAAACCUUGAAGAUAAUGUGAGGGAAAUGGAAGAGAAACGAAAGAGCUUUGAAGAUCAGUUACAAGAGAAAGAAAAACAAAUGAAGAGCUUUGAAGAUCAGCUGAAGAAAUCCGAAUUUCAACGACCAGUUCUUUCAGAACAACUACUGAACGACAUCUCCCCGUUUUGCAUUCUUCCUCCUAAACCUUCACACGACAUAGCAAGUCGCGAUGUUGAGGUUGCUGAAAUCACAAAACAGUUGCAGGAGCUUAAGCGAGCUGAUGCUAGCAACUUAAGUAUCUUGUAUAUAUCCGGGAAUCCUGGCAGCGGUAAAUCCCAACUGGCAAGUCUUGUAGCCGAGAGAUUUUACGAGAAAGCCCAAGAAGAUUCCUGCUCUGAAGUGUUUGCUAUGACACUGAAUGCCGAGACGCUGGGCACACUUUUGGAUUCUUACAUCAUGUGCGCUCGACAAAUGAAGUGCCUCGAAGAUAUUAUUUUACAAAUCCAUAGCUCCAAAUGUUUGAAGACAGAGGACAAGAUUAACAGCAUGAUAUCCUUAAUCAGCUCAAAGAUUGGUCAGUACGAGUCCUGGCUUCUGUUGGCUGACAACGUGAAAAGCUUAUCUGAAAUACAUUUUCAUUUACCCCAGCAAAGACAUGGACAGUGGGGAAGGGGGUAUCUGUUGAUCACAACCCAAGAUAGUCCAUGUAUACCGUUAACAAGCACUUCCAUUCGACACAUCUCAGUAAGCAAGGGUAUGCAGUCCGAAGAGGCGUCUUCUUUGUUAGCCCUGAUUUCUGGUAUCAGCGAUAGUGAGAUAGGAGAACUAGUAGCUAGAGAACUCGAGUACCAACCUCUUGCUUUAGCAAGCGCAGCCACUUAUGUGAAGCAACUUCGACAGAACAAAAGUUUCUCAGCGUUUGGAUGGAAUGACUAUCUGAGGAAAGUAGAGAAAUGGCAACGUGAUGCGAGAAAGACUUCACGAACAGAGACCAAAACAAAUUGCAUGAAAUCGAUGACAACAGCAACAACACUGGCCGUUAAAGAAGUGAUGCAAUCAGAUGGAAUCAUAGCUCAUGCAUUUAAUUUUCUCUCUCUCCUUUCGUCACAGCCCUUAGAUGUAGAAAUCGUGGUGAAUUAUAUCGUACGCAUCGAUGAAGGAAUAAAAGAUGAAGAGAUGAUAAUUAUGAAACUCCAAAGAUGUUCGCUAAUUUUAUCACAUGAAGAUGAGUUCGGUUUCCACAUCCGGGUACAUCAGGUUGUGCGCGAUGUCGUUAAGUCUUUGAUUAAGGGCCAUCCAGAAAACCAUCUCGUGAAAAUUAUGAAUAGCGCUACUGCGGCGUUUGACCAGUUCAUAAAUGACGACUUACCGAAGGAAUCGUCAGGUUCAAUUUUUCAAAGUUACGCCCUUGCCCUACAUUUGAAAUAUUUUAUUCUUAGUUUUGAAAACGUACUUCCGAAAGUUGCCCUUCUCCGAAACGUCCAACCUGAAAUGGAAAAGCUCGGCAAGAUAUGUGAGAACCAUUGUCAUUAUCAGGCCGCAAAGAAAUUUUAUGAAUUUUCAUUACAAGCUUUUCUCCAAAAGUUUGGACCUAAGCACACCAGUGUUGCAACUAGUUACAAUAACUUGGGGUCUGUUCACCAAGAACUGGGCGACUUUGUGAAGGCCAAGGAGUAUUACGAACUUGCCCUGAGUAUUAGACAGAAGAAGCUUGGACUUGAGAAUGUAGACGUGGCAACUUGUUACAAUAACUUGGGGUCUGUUCACGAAGAACUGGGCGACUUUGAGAAAGCCAAGGAGUAUCACGAACUUGCCCUGAGUAUUACACAGAAAAAGCUUGGACCUGAGAGUGUACAAGUGGCAACCAGUUACAUUGACCUGGGUCUGGUGCACCACAAACUGGGCGACUUUGAGAAGGCCAAGGAGUAUCACGAACUUGACCUGAGUAUUAGACAGAAGAAGCUUGGACCUGAGAAUGUAGACGUGGCAACUUGUUGCAAUAACUUGGGGUCUGUUCACGAAAAACUGGGCGACUUUGAGAACGCCAAGGAGUAUCACGAACUUGCCCUGAGUAUUAGACAGAAAGAGCUUGGACCUGAGAGUGUACAAGUGGCAACUAGUUACACUAACUUGGGUUUGGUGUAUUACAAACUGGGCGACUUUGAGAAGGCCAAGGAGUAUCACGAACUUGCCCUGAGUAUUACACAGAAAAAGCUUGGACCUGAGAGUAAAGCCAAGGAGUAUCACGAACUUGCCCUGAGUAUUAGACAGAAAGAGCUUGGACCUGAGAGUGUACAAGUGGCAACUAGUUACAAUAACUUGGGGUUUGUUCACGAAGAACUGGGCGACUUUGAGAAGGCCAAGGAGUAUCUUGAACUUGCCCUGAGUAUUACACAGAAAAAGCUUAGACCUGAGAGUGCACAAGUAGCAACUAGUUACACUAACUUGGGUUUGGUGCAUUACAAACUGGGCGACUUUGAGAAGGCCAAAGAGUAUCACGAGCUUGCCCUGAGUAUUAUACAGAAGAAGCUUGGACCUGAGAAUGUAGACGUGGCAACUUGUUACAAUAACUUGGGGUCUGUUCACCAAGAACUGGGCGACUUUGAGAAGGCCAAGGAGUAUCACGAAUUUUUCCUGAGUAUUAGACAGAAGAAGCUUGGACCUGAGAGUGUACAAGUUGCAACUAGUUACAGUAACUUGGGUUUGGUGCAUUACAAACUGGGCGACUUUGAGAAGGCCAAGGAGUAUCACGAACUUGCCCUGAGUAUUACACAGAAAAAGCUUGGACCUGAGAAUGUCUGGGUAGCGAGAGAGAAUUUUAGAGAAAAGCUGGAAGGAAUUCCAGCUCUAUUUAGUGACCUCGAGAACAUCCUGAAAGAACUUCACUUCUCCGAUGAAACCAGUCAGUCACGGGGCCGGGGCUGGAUGGUUUUAUUACAUCACGCAGAUACUUGCGAGCCGAUAUUCUGUUCCCCAGAACUACUGUCGAACUCUGCCAAAUCUAUUGUCGACUCUCUUUGGCGAAAGAGGAACGAACCUCAGCUGGGUUCCCCACAGUCUGAGCAGUCUCACUACACAGAUGUUCUCGAUGAAAACAAGAACGGAUUUAGAUCCAAAAGGAUAAUUGUGCGAACGCCUCCGAGUAUGGGCAAAACCACUUUUGUGAAGAAAGUGGCUCAUGACUGGGCUCAAGUUGUCGACGAAAGUGUGGUAGAGAAGCGUAAAGGUGCCUUGAGUAAGUUCGAACUGGCUCUAGUUAUUAAUCUGAGAGAGGCAGCCACUUUUCGAAACCUCCGAGAUGUGAUAAACUGCAGUCGCAUAUUUUCUGCAGAAGACAGCUCCUUAACAGAACAGCUUCUCAGUUACAUUACCACGAACCAAGACUGA